GAGAGCCCGGAAGAUGGAGGCUGCCGCUCUGGGCGCGGCCACGGGAGCAGCGCCCGGGAGGCAGCACUAGUCUGUGUCCAGCCCCGGAGCGAGGGAGCCAGCCGGGCGCCCGGCCUGAGGCCACAGGAGUCCUGCCGCUGGCCCGCACGCACGAGGGCCCGGCUGCCCGCUGCUCUCUCCGGCGGCGUCUCUGGGUGGCGCAGUGAAAACUGAAAGCAAAAGAGACGAAGGGGCCGAGGAGCGGGCGUGGGCCUGACUCCUCCCUCCGGCGGUUUUGCUGGUCUCAGCUGCUGCUGCUGCUGCGGCGGGCGGGCUAAGCCCGCCCAGAUGGUCCUGGCUGCCGUCCCGGCCGAGGUAGGGUAGCCGGCUCCGACUCGGAGCCUCCGUGCGGACGGGCUGGGACAUGACUCUGGGCACCCCUCGGGCCCCGGCUCCGCGCGGCAGACGCAGCCAGCAGGAAGUUUGCCCGGGUGCCCAUGCACACGCACGGCCGCCGGCUCCUCAGCGGUGCCCCGGAGGCGCCCCCCGCCGACCUCCCCAUGGACUCUAGAUGGGGCCGGCAGAGCAGCCCGGAGCUGGGCAGGGGCAAGCGGCUGAGCGUCGGGGAGCUGCGCUCGUUCUUCGAGGCUCGCUGCGCCGCUGCCGCGAGGGAGCUGCCCGACCCGGCCAAGAGGAGCUGCCGCCCCGCCAACGGGCUGCUGCCGCCGGUCAUCCCGCAGCUGACCGUCACCCCAGAGGAGAGUGAGGAGGCGCAGGGCAGCCCCCGAGGGCCCCUGCCGGACCUGGAGGGAUGCUGGCUGAGGACGGGCAGCUCACUGCACCUGCUGCAGUCCCGCCGCCUCUCCAACUCCUCGCUGUCCUCCACGGGCUCCUCCUCCCUCUUCGAGGACUCCGAGGACGACUUGCUGAGCGACACGGAGGGCAGGAGCCAGGGCAUCGUGCACCUGGAGCACGGGGAGGACACCCACCAGAAAAAGCCAUGGAACACAAUUAAAACAAUGGUCAAUUUGCCUGUCAUCAGUCCCUUCAAGAAGCGCUAUUCAUGGGUGCAGCUGGCUGGGCACACAGGGAGUUUCAAGGCAGCUGACAGCGGUACGAUUCUGAAGCGCUUCUCUGAGAAUGAAAUGGAGUGCUUUGAGCUGCUGAUGAAAGAUCUCUUGCGCUCCUGUGUCCCUGCCUUCCAUGGGGUGGUAGAGAGAGAUGGCGAGAAAUACAUUCAGCUGGAUGACUUGCUCGCUGACUUUGAAGGGCCUUGUGUCAUGGACUGUAAGAUGGGGAUCAGGACGUACCUGGAAGAGGAGCUGACUAAAGCCCGUGAAAAGCCCAAGUUGCGUAAGGACAUGUACAAGAAGAUGAUUGAAGUGGAUCCUCUUGCACCUACAGAUGAGGAGAACAUGCAGCAUGCAGUGACCAAGCCACGUUACAUGCAGUGGAGAGAGACCAUCAGCUCCAGUGCCAAUUUGGGCUUCAGGAUCGAAGGGAUUAAGAGGGCAGAUGGGACUUGUAACACAAACUUCAAAACGACUAAGACACGGGAGCAAGUUUACCAGGUUUUCAUGGAAUUCAUUGAGGGCAACAUCACUAUUCUGAAAAAAUACCUCAGGCGUCUGCAUGACAUCCACCUCAUCCUCGAGUCCUCAGACUUCUUUAAACGGCAUGAGGUCAUUGGAAGUUCACUACUCUUUGUGCAUGACGACAGCGGGCAUGCCAAUGUGUGGCUGAUUGAUUUUGGAAAGACCACGCUUCUCCCUGAUGGGCAGAUCUUGGACCACAGGAUCCCCUGGCAGGAAGGCAACCGAGAGGAUGGGUACCUGCUGGGAUUGGACAAUUUGAUUAGUAUCUUAGACAGCAUCACAGAAAGAUGAGACGAGACUAGCACAAACUCAUGGGGCUGCUUUAUAACCUUCCAUGCUACUGGGACCUCUCUCAGUUAGAGGGGAACUCCUUUAACUUUUUCCAAACUCCUAGAGUUAUUGCAGUGCAAAUGGAGCUGCUUCAGAGCCAGACUGUUCAUGAUCAAAGUGACUUCAUUGGGCCUUCAUUAACCAGAGUGACUCAGGAUUGCUCCUCAGUGAAUCAGGGUCUCCAAACUCAGGAACCAAACCAGCAUGCAUCCAGAAGGUUUGUACAGCAAAUCAGAGUGACUCUAAUUUCAGGUGAACCAAAGUGACUCUAGAUUGUCCGUUAGUGAACCAGAAUUCUUCAGAUUGCUUGGUGGUAUUGGGAGGGUUGAGCAAAAUUCUCCAGUGGGUGGCAUUGCUUUGAAAACAGCAGGAGUGUUUGCUCCCUAACCCCAAGUUCCUAGGCUGCAAUUUAUGUUAUAGAUUACACAAGGUCAGCCCCAGCUGUUGUAUUACAUUACAAGUGUGUGCAAGAUGGGAACUUGCCCAAGAACAAGGCCCAGGAAACAUGAGGAGAAGGGUGAUCAUAGUUCAUGGCAUUGGUUGUUUUUGUGUCUGCAAGGGACAGCUACUGUUGACCUUUUAUCUGACUCCCUGCCCUGGCCUAUCCUCUUUUCUAAGGAAGUUCUUAACCAUUUUCAAGUAGUCUCUAAUCAGGAUAGUCUGGUAAGUAAAUAGCACUAAGUUUUCUCUGGUACCAUGUGACUUUCAAUCUGGAAAUGACAUCAGAGAGGCUGGUGAAGUGAUAGUGCUGGCUCUUGCAGCUAGACAACAUUUGUGCAGGUUGGUGGCAUCUUUCUUUAGCCAGUGGGUCGUGGGACAAAGUUUAGUUUUUGAGGACUCAGUUAUUGUAGAGAGAAAAACAAAUCAAUCUGAAUACAAGCAAGCCAGUUAUCAAUAUGCAAUUUUACACCCUGGCCGAGGCUCUCCCUCUUUUUGCUUGUGUGUCAGAUUUCCUGACGGUGAUGCUAUGUUCUUUUUUUGGGCUAUACCUAGGGUGACCAUAUUUUUCUACACUGACUAUGAGACACCUUUGUAAAAUUACUUGUAUUCAAGUGAGUUCAAUGACAAUCAGUCAUACAAAUAUUCAAAUUAACAUGAGUUUGACUGAGCCCGUUUAAAAUAAAUACUGUGUAGUUCAAUUUUUUUAUUUACCUUUUUAUCCUUAAGGUUUCAUGGUUUGAACUAGGGAUGUAAUAGUGAAGUCGAUUAACAGAUAAG